AAAAGGGGUUUUAGGUGGGUUUUUGUGGAAAUAAUAAUACUUUACUAGUAACCCCUGAAUCGUAGACUCAUUGCGCCUUCAGUUUUCUCCGGCGACCACAAAUGGUGGGCUUCCAAAAUCUCCGACUUGCCCACCGGCUCACCGGCUAUGUUUCACGCUCUACAUGCGAGUUAUUGCUGAAAAUUGGUUGUAGAGGUUAUUGCACGGAGAUAUCGAAUCGAGUUAGGAAUUUGUUUCCUUUGAAUUAUAUCAGUGCCCCAUUAGCUUGUAUCCCGAGGACAUCAUACACAGACUUGUUGCGAUAUUCUUCUACACAGGGCCUGAGGCAUGAACAAUUUUGUACUACUGCAGGAAAUGAGGAAAUGCAAAAAAUAUCUGUAACUUUUGUUGACAAGGAUGGUGAAGAGAACCAUAUCAAGGUCCCUGUUGGAAUGUCUAUGUUAGAAGCUGCACAUGAAAAUGACAUUGAACUUGAAGGAGCAUGUGAAGCUUCGCUUGCCUGUUCCACAUGUCAUGUGAUUGUUAUGGAUAUGGAGUAUUACAACAAGCUAGAAGAUCCAACAGAUGAAGAAAAUGAUAUGUUGGAUCUUGCUUUUGCUCUCACCGACAGGUCACGUCUAGGUUGUCAGGUAAUUGCAAAACCUGAACUUGAUGGCAUUCGAUUAGCUCUCCCUGUUGCCACAAGAAACUUUGCUGUUGAUGGUUAUAAACCGAAACCACAUUAGAACUUUUUCUACCAUAGAUAAAAGAUUUUAUGGUUCAUGUCUAACAAACACACGAGUCAACAGAUUUUGUGGGAUGAUUAUACUUAUAGGAACCAUUUUGAUUACUUAUUUACUUGUAUCACUGGUAAUAUUCCGGGCGAUAUACUGGAUUCAUCGUCGUGGUGUCUGCUUGUCCAUCCUCACAAUAAUACUCACACUAGUUCUGCAGAAACCUCUGUAUUCUUUUACAUCAAAUUCAAUGUAAUACUAGUAUUAUCAUUCUAGUAUUUGCACUCAUAAAUGGCUAGAGCCGUCAAAAUGGGCUUGGCCUGCGAGGCCAGCCCAACCCUUGAAAUAAGUGGGGUUGGGCUUAAUUUUUUUUGGCCGAUUUAGGAAUGAGGCUUUUAAGCCCGCCCCGUUUGGCCCCUUUGCCUCAUAAGUCCAGCUCGCAAGCCACAUAGGUCAGCCCGCGGGCUAUUAAUUUUUGAAAAUAUUUUAAUAUAUAUUUUUAGUAGUGUUUUAUUUGUCAAGAUUUGAUAAAUAAAUAUUUUGAAGAAAAAAAAAACAAAAUUUUGCAAUAUCUUGUAUGGUGAAUUAUAGAUGAAGAUGAACUUCUUAACGAAACAAUAUCACAUGUUGAUUCAAAUGUGAUCGAUGGUGGAAGAAGAAGCGGAGUCGUAAAACUUUAAUUAGUGGGUCAUGUAAUAUUUAGUAAUUUAGAUUUGUUAAGUAUUUGGGUUGCCUUGUGUUGCUGGAAAUCUUUUAAAUCAACUAGUUUUUUGUGGGAGAAAUGGUGGAAUUAUCAACAUUUAUUUGUUAAAUCUUACGUUGGUUAUUAUAUAUUUUUGUAAGUAUUCACCAAAGUGUGAUUCAUAAAUGUGUUUUUUGUAAGUAUUCACCGAAGUGUGAUUCAUAAA